CCCGAGUGGACCGAUCCGACUUGGCGGGUGAAACGAAACAUUCCUGCGCAGCUUAUAACUUGGUUUAUGUUUUCUCAUUCAUCAUCUAACUAGAAAAAGCAAAAUUAAUUCUGUGCCCGUGAUUGAUCGCCAACGCCAUGGAUUCUUAUCGCGAUGAGGAAGGAGAGGCGAUUAUGGACUUUGACGACUUUCAAUCGGACCCCGGAUCGCCGGAGCCGCCGCAAGACCUUCUCGAUGACUUGGAAGAUUGGGGCCAACAAGAACGACCGCAGACACCGGUUUACGAUACCGAUAAGGUUGGGAAACCUAGAAAAAGGUUGGUUAAGAAAGGAGGUUCUACGGGAAAAGAGAGUAUGGUUGCCCCUGAGUUGUUAGAUGAAGACGAAGAGUCCAAUUUUGGGAGGGAAGGAUCGGAAUCUGAUGCGAAGAAGAGCAAGAAGAAGGAGAAGAGGCACAAGGAGAAAUUUUCUGGGGGUGUUAGUGAAAAAGGAACUGUUAAAAAGUUGGGGAAGUCAGAGGAAGUGAAUGAGAUGUGGGAGUGGGUUAAUCCUGAGAAUGAUCAAGAGGGUGCUAGGACUAUGGAUGAUGAUGACUUCAUAGAUGACAGCGGAGUCGACCCUGCAGACAGGUAUGGAAGUGACAAUGAAGCAAGGUCGCCUGGUGCAGCUCCUCAGGCAGAGGAAGAUGAUGAGGAUCCAGAGAUUAAGGAGUUAUUUAAGAUGGGUAAAAAAAGGAAGAAGAAUGAGAAAAGUCCUGCAGAAAUUGCAUUGCUAGUUGAGAGUGUAAUGGCUGAGCUUGAGGUAACUGCUGAAGAAGAUGCAGAGCUUAAUAGACAAGGGAAGCCUGCUAUUAGUAAACUCAAGAAGUUGCCACUUCUUACCGAGGUUCUCUCAAAGAAGCAGCUUCAACCUGAAUUCUUAGAUCAUGGAGUUUUAACCUUGUUGAAAAAUUGGCUUGAACCUCUUCCUGAUGGAAGCUUGCCAAAUAUAAAUAUCCGUGCAGCUAUUUUGCAGAUUUUGUCUGAUUUUCCAAUUGAUCUAGAGCAGCAUGAUAGAAGGGAGCAGCUAAAGAAAAGUGGACUUGGAAAGGUCAUUAUGUUUUUAUCAAAAUCAGAUGAGGAAACCACUUCCAACAGGAAACUUGCUAAGGAUUUGGUUGAUAAAUGGAGUAGACCAAUCUUUAAUAAGAGCACAAGGUUUGAGGACAUGAGAAAUGUUGAUGAUGAUAGGGUUCCCUUGCGAAGGCCACCUGUCAAAAGGCCUGCAAAUAGAGCUGCAGCAAUGGAAUCUAGAGAUGGUGAUUUUGAUUUGGACAUUUCUCGUGACCAAAAGUCUAGACGAUCAACAUCAGCUCAGGAUGCUUCAAGGUCGGAAUCUUCUUCAAGGCUGCAUGCUUCGAGGCCUGAUGCAACACCAAUGGACUUUGUUGUGCGCCCCCAGUCUAAGAUUGAUCCAGAUGAAAUUAGGGCCCGUGCGAAACAAGUUAUUCAAGAUCAGCGCCGUUUAAAGAUGAAUAAGAAGUUGCAGCAGUUGAAAGCACCAAAAAAGAAGAAUUUGCAGGCGACUAAACUUAGUGUUGAGGGCCGUGGUAUGCUGAAGUACCUGUAAAUGAUACCCUAGAUGCCCAAAUUGGCUAUGGUGUGGAGCUUACUUUGCCGUUAUCAGAGAUGCAAAGACCAAUAUAAGAAGUGUCUGGAUGCAGAUGUUUCUGCAUUACAUUCAGCUGGAAUAAUUAUUGAAGAGGGGUUCACCACACGGGCAGCUGCUCCCUUUAACAUCUUCAACUUAUUUUGAUAUUUUGACUUGGAGAGAAAGCGUUAAGUUUAAAUAAAUUUGUUAAUGUAAUGUCUCUGAACGUUUUAAACAAUGUAAUGUCUCUGAACGUUUUAAACAGUCACUUCAUUUACCUAUAACAAAUGAUUCGACCUCUCAA